UCUUUGUUUUGCGAAGAAGAUUAUCGUCCCUAAGAUCAAACGAAUCUCAAGACGUGUUUCAAACUAAUCCAAAAGCAAAGAAUCAACAUCGAUAUAAACAACUAAUUAAAACAUUCAGAAUAAUUUUGCGACUUUCCAUGCGUGGACGAUUAGAAUGUCAUAACAGCUGGUGAUGCAAUCCUUUUCUUCAAAAAGACAAAACACUUUUCAAAGUGACUUUAAAAAUUACCAGCUUGACAUUCAGAGAUUUAUGUUGAUCAAAAUUCCAAAGAGUCAACGGCGUAUUUACCUACGAUAUGGAUUGUUGUCGCGCAAUCCAUACUUCCAGCGUCCGUUAGCAGUGUUUGACGGUCGAUUUAUUUUGAAUUAUGGUAAUCACCAUCACAUCUGGCGGGUUUAAACUUUGAAAAAGUGCAACUGGCGUUUCGAGGGUGUGUGGAUUCAUGACUACGAUCAGACCGUUUGUCUUAACAUUAAUUACCGAACUUUCAUCAUGAACACAGCCAGGAACCGCUAAAUAAGGCGAUAUAUUAAACAGAAAAAGGUCUGUUUUGCUUCAUGAUAAAUUCUCGUGAUCUUCUAUGGAUUUGGCGCCAUAAUCUCUCGAUUUCUUCUUUUGAAACGUCAAUUCAAACGACGACUCCACAAUGAUCUGCUCAUUCAAAUCAGCAUUGCUAUUCGGUCUUCUACUCACACAAGCCCUGGCACAAUCCACUCCUAAGAAAUCAAAAGCUUCAAAAAAAGGAGGACUCGGAGUUCCUUUAUCUGCGAUCAUUCUCCUCUCUGUUCUUGGCGGAUGUCUGAUAAUCUUCGGAAUUGUAUACAAAUUCAUCAACUUUGAUUCAUGCUGCUCCGGCGGAACAAAAGACAAAGACAAGGAUAAAACAAUUGACAAAAGUCACUAUGCAGAGCUGGGUCAAGCCGAGUCCCCACCAAGUUCCCGGCUCCAGGAGAGACUUCGAAGUCACUCCCAGCCACGAUCCGAAGUAAACCAAGCGCUAGACGACACUGAUUAUAUCGCACGCGCUCAAGGCCGACCCAAGGCGAAGAGUGUCACGUCGUUACACAGAGGACAAAUUCAUCAACAACCACGAAGGCCCUCCGCAAUUCCUGUGAUACGUCCCAAAACACCUCCUACAGCAUCCCCUAGACGGGACACUCUUUCGCUCGCAGCCCUCGAGAGUAUAAGCGGUCGAGUGAGGAGCGAAAGUGAUCUCAGUCUAGGAGCAAGCGCGUCACAGUAUCGCGACCAGUACAGUAGCUGGGGUGACAGCCUAACGAAAAUGGGGCCACCAAGAAAGCCAAUGUCCCCCCUUGUUUCAGGUGCACAAGGACGUCGAGCAGCGGGUCAACGUGCCAUGUCAGCCUACGGGGAUAUCAUUUCUCUACGACCUCCAAACGUAAGCAGCAAUAUAUUUGGUCGACUUCAAGUGUCGGUUGCGUAUGCGCCAACAGCGCAAAGGCUCGAGAUCGAAGUGAUACGAGUUGAACAACUUCAUCAAAUUGUAUUCCAAAUGGGUCUCGCUACCGAGAUUGCAGUCCACAUAGCACUGCUGCCUUCGAGACGCGCGAGAUUUAAGACAAAAUCGAAACCAAUUCAUAAUCCUAGCUUUCAAGAAAGAUGGGUUGUUAAGAACGUGUCUAAACAAGAGUUACAAGAAAUGAGGUUACGAUUUCGAGCGUACAGUAGUGAGUUCAUUGGGAAAGGAAAACUAUUUGGCGAAGCGGUCGAGGACGCUAUGUCUUUUGAGCUAGAGGAUAUAGSAGCGACGACAUGGUUAAACAUAGUCCCAACCAACGAGAUGAAAAAAGCCAUCAUCGAUUCGAAAUGAUGCAGUGAGUCCAGUCUUUUCGUCCGAAUUUAACCUAUGGUGGAAUGGGAAUAAAUCAAAAUGGACUUUAUGGAUUAUUAAUCAUUGAUUAUUGGGAUAUCGAUAACCUACGCAUAUGUCAUUAUUUUAAGACAAUUUCAGUUAAUGGAAAAAUUCAAGAAACAAGAUUUUAUUUUUCAAAAUUUUAAGAUUUUAUUUUUGAAAGAAAUCAUAAAAGGUGUAAAAAAUCACCGCGCGAGGGAAUGAAAAAAAAGAAAAAUUAAUUCAAUUUGACUACAGAGUACAACGAACAUUCAAUUAAAUAAUGGCAUAUCUCAAGAGAUACGAAUUAUCUUGGAGUCGUUUUAAAAACGUGCGAGAUAACGGAAAACAAUUGUGAUAAAACAAAAAGCAAUCAUGGACGGAUUCAUGAAGUCGAAGCAAAAAGCGAUAAUGAAAUCUCAUCAGACAACGCUAUCAUGUUGAUAAAUUGUAGAAGGGUAUCCAAUGGAAGUAUAUUUUAUAGGUUUAUCAAGUAUUUAAUGCAUGCACAAAUGAUAAAGUAGAAUAUUAGAUAUUUAAUAUGGAAAUUCUCUUUCCAGUAAGCUAUCGGUGAGUUUUCGUAGCGUUCUUCAAAAGUCUUCUUCACGGUCCCCGCGCCAUUUUGAAAGGUAGCCGUGCCUUUACAUAGAAAAGAAAUAACCGUUUA